GUGUAAGAAUUAGGAAUGGAGUCAGCAUAUCUUCAAAAGUAUCUCGGGGCAUGUCUAACUCAGGGUCUUGCAGAAGUGGCAAAAAUACAUCCAGUGGAUCCAAUAUUAUAUUUAGCAUUGUGGCUUUACAAGUAUAAGGAAAAUGUGACCUCAGAGCAAGCAAGAGAAAAGGAAAUGGUGGAGUUGGAACGUGAAAGAGAAAUAGCUCUAAUGGAGCAGGAAAUGAUGGAGAGGUUCAAAGCAGAGGAGAUCAUGUUUCAGGAACAACAACUGGCCUUCCAGCUAGAGCUGGAAAUGCAAGAAAAAGAGAGAGUGAGAAUAGAAGAACUAAAGAAAAUAGAAGAAAUAAUGGAGAAGGAGGCAAGAAUGAAUAUGGAAAAUAUAGUUAAGGGUGAAGAUGCCCCCCAUUUAGAGGAAUCAGGCAAAACAUUAGCUGAAAUUAGCAUCCUGUACCGGGCACCUAACUUGAGCAGAGUGGAGGAGCUUGAUGAGCUGAUGCUAUCUGAUGUUGCGUUAAACAUUGAUCAAGAUUUAUAGUCUCAAGCAACCCAAGAGUAAUAAAUUUU